UUUGCUAAAGCCUCAGUCAGUUCAGCUGCAACACUGAGAGCACGGGUUAAAUAUAGAGCAGACGCUCAGACACAGGCUGGAGGAAAACAGGGAACUUUCUCUGGGAGAAAAGUUGAUUUUAUUCAGGCAGGUUUUAUUCUCUCUCUCUCUCUGGUCCUGUGAGCUGUCAGACCAAACUUGGAGAGGACAAAGCCUCACAUCGCUCUGCUGCUGGGACUGAAAGCUGAGCAGAGAAGAAGAAAAUCUACAGGAGAAGACGAAGAAGAUACUGACCUGAACACAGAGAUGCUGAAUCACUGACGGGGAAUUUAUCAAAGUGGACUUUUGGGAUUGAACAGCUGUGAAAGUUUGCAGAGAUCUCAGAGCAGGUGAAACAUGCGAUCGAGGAACUGCACCAUGCAGGGUCCAGACGACGGACACAUCCAGCCCCCGACAGGCUUCAUCAAGGAGGAGGAGGAGAACGCUCCACAGCUGACUAAGAGGAAAAUGAAAGUUCAGAGAGAGGAGAAAGACGGGAAGACGGCGGGGUCUGGAACCACGAAGAAACUUCAGAAAUCUUCAGAGAGCAGGAAAGCAGCAGCUCUGGAUCUGUCCAAGAAGGAUCUGCUUCACCUGCUGGGAAUCAUGGAGGGAGAAGUUCAGGCCCGAGAGGACAUCAUCGGUCUGAUGAAAUCAGACAAAACCAAGCCAGAGACUCUGGAGGCUCACUACGGCUCGGCUGCCCCCCUAAAACCUCUGCAGGCUCUGCAGAGAGACGCCCUGCUCACCCGCAGCAACAACAGCACCGAGGACGUCUAUGAGACCCCCAUGGCCGAGGUGAGGGCAGAAUACAGACCAACAGAAGAGUUGGACCGUCUGGAGGACAAACAGAAGGAGACGUACAGACGGAUGCUGGAGCAGCUGCUGCUGGCCGAGAAAUGUCACCGCCGCACCGUCAUGGAGCUGGACAACGAGAAACGCAAACACGUCGACUUCAUGAACAAGAGUGACGACUUCACCAACCUGCUGGAGCAGGAGAGAGAGAGACUCAAACGGCUGUUGGAGCAGGAGAAGGCCUACCAGGCUCGUAAAGACAAGGACCACAGCAGGAGACUGGAGAAGGUCAGAGCUGAGCUGGUCAAGCUGAAGUCGUUCGCCCUGAUGUUGGUGGACGAGCGACAGCUGCACAUAGAGCAAAUCGACCAGCAGAGCCAGAAGGUCCAGGAGCUCAGUCAGAAGCUGCAGGAAAAAGAGCAACGCUUGACAGUGGUCACGGAUACCACCAAGGAGGACGGUCAGAAGAUUCUCAAGCUGGAGGCAGACCUGGAGCAUCAAGCGGCCAAAUUUGCACAGGAACACGAGGAGAUGACCGCCAAACUGGCCAAUGAAGAGUCCCACAGCAGACAGCUGAGGCUGAGGCUGGCCGGGUUGUCUCAGAAGAUUGAAGAGCUGGAGGACACCAAUAAAACCCUGCACAAAUCAGAGGAGGACCUUCAGGAGCUGAGGGAGAAGAUCAGCAAAGGGGAGUGUGGAAAUUCAUCUUUAAUGACAGAGCUGGAGAAUCUGAGGAAGAGAGUGCUGGAGAUUGAGGGCAAGGAUGAAGAGAUAACCAAAACAGAGACUCAGUGCAAGGAGCUGAAGAAGAAGCUGCAGGAUGAGGAGAACCACUGCAAGGAGCUUCGGCUGGAGGUGGAAAAGCUGCAGAAGAGAAUGGUCGAACUGGAGAAACUGGAGGGAGCUUUCAAUAAGAGCAAAAUGGAUUGCUCUCAACUUCACACUAACUUAGAAAAGGAAAAACGAGUGGUGAAGGACCUAGCAGGGGAGCUUGAGACGGUGAAAACUCGGCUGAAAGAUCUAGAAGGCUCCGAGUCAAAGUUUGAAAGGGCAGAAAUCAUCCUCAAAGACGAGCUUAUGAAGCUGAAAUCCUUCACAGUCAUUCUGGUCAAUGAAAGAAAAAACAUGGCAGAGAGGCUCAAACAGGAGGAGCAGAAAAGUGAAGAUUUGAGUAAGAUGUUCAAAGCAGAGCAAGGCAAGGUGACAGAAGUGACAGAGAAGCUGAUAGAGGAGAGCAAAAAACUUCUAAAAUACAAAUCAGAAAUGGAAGUGAGAGUGACGACGCUCGCUAGGGAGAAAGACGAGCUGCAGACGAAAUUGGCAAGUGAGGAGGAGAAGUGUAAGGAGCUGAACACGAAGAUAAGCAGCAUGAAAAUAAGAAUUGAUGGACUUGAGGAGACAGAUAGGGAAAUGCAAAGGAAGUGGGCCAGUAAGGAGAACAGCAGAAAUCCAGACGAAGACAACAAAGUGAAAGAGCUAACGCUGGAAAUAGAAAGGCUGAAGAACCGGCUCAAACACCUGGAGGUGGUAGAAGGAGAUCUGAUGAAGACCGAGGACGAGUAUGAUCUACUGGAGAAGAAGUUCAGAACAGAGCAGGACAAGGCAAACACUCUGUCCAAGAUGCUGGAAGAAAUGAAAAGCCAGAUCGCCAGGAACAAAGCAAUAGAGAAAGGCGAAGUCAUGAGUCCAGAGGCUGAGCUCAGAAUUCGUUGUAAGAUGGAGGAAGCGAAAACCAGAGAGCUACAAGUAGACGUCCAGGCCCUAAAGGAGAAAAUCCAUGAACUGAUGAACAAGGAGGACCAGCUCUCCCAGCUGCAGGUGGAUUAUUCUGUCCUUCAGCAGAGGUUCUUGGAGGAGGAAGAGAAGAAGAAAAGCAUGAGCCAGGAAGUUGCCAACCUCACGAUGGAGCUGGAAGCCUCCAAGCGUUACUCUCGCGCCUUAAGACCAAGUAUGAAUGGCAGCAGGAUGGUAAAUGUCCCGGUGACGUCUACGGCGGUGCAAACAGACGUCAUGGCCAAUGAGUGUGCAGAGGAUGAAACAGCAGCAGGCUUCAUACAAAAAUCAGUCCUUGAGGAAAACCACUUAAUGAGCAACCUCAGACAACGGGAGUUAAAAAAGCCAACGGUUCUUGAGAGAUACCCUCCAGCGUCAAGUGAAAUCAGCGCAGGAAAAUCCUGGAUACCCUGGAUGAAGAAGAAAGAGGCUGCUGCGCCCAGUCAGGCAACUCCAGAGAGGAUGAACGGUGCAUCAUUGCUCCCUCAACCCGACAUGAGCAUACCCCAAAAGCCGGGCCAGCCUCUCCGCAUCCGAGUCACCCCGGAUCAUGAGAACAGCACCGCCACCUUGGAGAUCACCAGCCCUCGAGCUGAGGAUUUCUUCUCCAGCACCACCAUCAUACCGACUCUUGGCCUUCAGAAACCACGCAUCACAAUCGUCCCCAAGCCGAUGACUGUGACCUCGAAGACCAAAACCUGCGAGAUGAGUGGUCUCAAUCGAGCCAAAUCUCCAGUCACGAUCACCACCAUCUCCAGGGCGAAGAGUCCAGAGAAGAGCAACGGCUGCAGCUCUGAUGGCCUUCAGUCCCCGGUGUCCAUCAUAACGGUCAGCACCACUCCUGUAGCUGAGGUGUGUGCUUCACCUGAGCCUCACAACAUAACUGCAAGCCGAACAGUGAUCAAAAUGACCCCAGAGAAGCAACCAGGGCCAGCACCUUACAGGAAGUUCAACGGCAAAAGCAACAUCAUCACAACAGAGGACAACAAGAUCCACAUCCAUCUGGGCUCCCAGUAUAAGAGGCCCUCCGAGAGCAGCAGUCCGAUGUUGACACUGGGACUCAGCUCGGAAAGCAGCAAGGAAAUAUCCACAGGGACGGUGCUACGCUCCCCACGCCAAACAUCCACAGGGAAGACGACUAUGAGCAAAAUGACGAGCAGCAUCACAAUCACGCCGAUCACCUCGGCGCCAUCCAGGCCGACACAGUCAGUGCCCAGUUCGGAUGUGCUGUCAGCUCGGAGCUCGGCCACACGGAUCCCUAUGUCAAAAGGUCUGCUGAUUGAAGCCAUCUUUGGAAACAGCCGACGAUGAGCUAAGCUGAGAUCUCUGACAUCAUUAGAAGAAAUCUGACGAGGCUGAAAAGAAGAAAAAGCUUCGAGACAUCACUCUAAUACUGGCCGUUUGAGGCUGAAGCACACACUAAGUCUGCUUCCAUCUACUUAACAGGAUAUAGUACAGAAAAGCUGCAGGAUGAACUAGAUAAAUGAGAGAAUAGCAUAUAGUAUAAAUGUUAGAUGCAAUUUAAAGGGGACAUAUAAAAAAAAUACUUUUCAGGCUUUUCUAACAAAGUUAUUUGACCCUGGCCUGUCCACAAUCCCCUCAAGAAUCAGAAAAAUCCAUUCCCGCUGCCGUCUUUCACCUCCUUUCAGAAAAUGUGUGCUGAAACAAGCUGUUCUCAGAUUCCCCCCACAUGAUGUCAUGUUGGGAUUUAGCCCCGCCCCCAGGUUCAGUUGGUCAUCCCCACUUGGAAGACAGUUCCGCCUCCCUCUCCUGAUCUCAGAUGAGAGGAGGAUCUGGAAAGCCAUGUCCAUUUCCUGAGAGGGGAGGAGUCAGACAGCUCAUUAACAUUUAAAGCCACGGACACAGAAACAUCUCGUUCUGAUCAGGACUGAAACAGAGGGGUUUUUAGACAUGAAAAAUCUGAUACUGGAGUGUUUUUUCAGCAGCAAACUUCACAGGCGUGUUCUGGGGACCUCUGAGACUGAUAUAAACUUGUUUUUAAAGGGGACAAUACGUCCCCUUUAAGGAGAAAUUUGUAUGUUAAGGAGUUUAAAACAAAUUCAAGCUGUCCUGGGCAUUCAUUAAUGUUGUUUUGCAUAUUUUUCUUUAAAUUUUGGAUUAAUUAUCUCUGUGUUUGAAAAAAAAAUCCUGCAAGCUCCAGAGAGAAAUGCAAACUUUUAUGUGAGCUAGUAAGUGCUCAGAAGUUGCUUCACUACAUGGAUAUUUAAAAUCAGCCUGUUUUUGAAGUGAAUGUUUUAGUGAUCAGUAUAAAUUGUUAUCAAUUUUAAUGCAAUAUCACACUUAUUCAAAUUUAAAAGUAGACUCAUUUUUAUUGGAUCAUUGUUAUGAGGAAGAAUUUGGGACAUUUUUCUGAUAAAAGAGCUGAUAGAAUUAUAAAAAUAGCUAAAUAGGCUCACAGAUGACUCAUUAGUGCAUGACAUCAGUUCGUCCAACAUCUUCUUUACCACAAGUUGAAUUAUUAAAGAAAUGAAAAGCCUGGUUUAUGUUUAAAUUUGGUCAUAUUGAUUCUUGAAAGAGUGGAUUCAGGUUGGAUUUUAAAUGUGAAUUAAAGGUUUAUGGAAAGUGGCAAGAUUAAAGAAUAGCAGGGCGACUGGAUGUUUUCUUUAACACUGGAAUAGCAGAGAAAUGUUGGUCAAAACAUGCACGUGUGUCCUUGAGGAUGUCAGUUUUGUUUGCUUUAUACACACGCACUUUUAAAGUCCCUGUAAGGUGAUAAAGAAUUAGGCCACUGUGUGAAGCGUGCUACAGACUCCAUAAGAAGAGAGAAAUUUGUUCAUUUUUUUGAGGUGGAAAGAACAAGACUAGAGUUAGUCCUGUCCAGGACAUUUUAUACUUCACGAGAAACUCAAGUGGCGAACUCCUGGGAAGUCCUCAUAGGGCCCUCCAACUGCAGCACACGUCACGCAUGCUUUCCCAUGUUUUCACAUUAAACCACGCCCACUUUAAUUUUCUGACCAAUCACAGAACAAAAGUCAAAGUCUUCAAUAAUUUUUAGCAUUAGAGGCAUUUAUUGUGACGGACUUGGCAGGAGAAGAACUUGUCUAUCAGCAAAGACUUUACUGAACUUUAGCAUCGCCACACGUACAGACAGGAGGGAUUGAACUGUCGCUGCUUUGAGAGAUGUUGUUCAUUUUCAGUGAUAUCAGCAAACAACAGACUGUUUAGAUAAACUGCUCAUGGUUUUAUAUCAUUAGGGGGGUAGGGUGAUUCUCAUAGCACAGGGCUCAUCAAGUCCAUCUGCACAAGGGCCAGAUUUAGUCUCAACAGAAACUCUGGGGGCCGGAUUUUCAAAUACACAAAAAUUAAAUCAACAUUUUGGUCUGAUUGAAAUAUUAUUGCAGUAGUAUUUGUGUUUUCC